AUGAGGGUGUCUUCACUGCGGAGUGAAAAUUACCUGGCAAAUCUCUACUUGAUUUAUAAGCAGGACCCAGCUAAGACUCACUCUCACUGCUUUCAAGUUCAAUUAGACAACUGGUUGAUUAUAGCUCUGAAGCGCUCAGCUCCGCUUGUCUUCACCAAAGGUGGGUGGGGACGCGGGGCAAUGAUGCCACUGUGGCUGUUAGGCCUGAGCCGGUGUCAGGAAGGGAAGAGGGUAACGUCCAAGGGAAGAGCAAAGGGAGAAAGGGAGAAGACAAGAGACGAGUGUGAGGCUCAAGAUGGGAACAGAAACUUCCAAGUGGUACUGGGAGUGAACAGUGAAUUUAUCGUUGAGGUGAAAGAACUAGACGUUGAAAACGGCACCACAACCUGGCAGACCGUCAGAAGACAAAAGCGGGAGUGGAUCAAGUUUGCCGCCGCCUGUCGGGAGGGAGAGGACAACUCCAAGAGGAACCCAAUUGCCAGAAUUAGAUCAGACUGUGAAGUGAACCAGAGGAUAACAUAUCGAAUCUCUGGAGCAGGGAUUGAUCGACCACCUUAUGGAGUGUUCACCAUCAACCCUCGGACUGGGGAAAUUAACAUUACCUCAGUGGUGGACAGAGAGAUAACCCCACUGUUCCUGAUCCAUUGUCGCGCUCUGAACGCACGAGGGGAAGACUUAGAGAGGCCCCUGGAGCUGAGAGUCAAAGUCAUGGAUGUGAAUGAUAACCCGCCGGUCUUCACUCAGAAUGUGUACACAGCCACCAUUGAAGAAAACAGCGACGCCAAUGCGCUGGUGGUAAAGUUAAGCGCCACAGAUGCAGACGAAGACAAUCACUUGAAUUCUAAAAUCGCCUACAAGAUCAUCUCCCAGGAGCCUGCUGGCGCACCCAUGUUCAUGGUGAACAGGUACACCGGAGAAGUCCGCACGAUGUCCAAUUUCCUUGACAGAGAGCAACACAGUAUGUACAAUCUGCUCGUGAGGGGCUCAGAUCGGGACGGAGCCACAGAUGGGCUGUCGUCCGAGUGUGACUGCAGAAUCAAGAUUUUGGAUGUCAAUGAUAAUUUCCCCAUCUUAGAGAAAACUUCGUACUCAGCAAGUAUUGAAGAAAAUUGUUUGAGCUCAGAACUGAUACGAUUACAAGCAAUUGAUCUUGAUGAAGAAGGCACUGAUAACUGGUUGGCAGAAUACUCAAUCCUCUCUGGCAAUGAUGGGAACUGGUUUGAAAUCCAAACAGAUCCACGAACCAAUGAAGGCAUUUUGAAAGUGGUCAAGAUGCUGGAUUAUGAAGAAAUACCUAAUAUUUACCUCAGCAUUGGAGUAAGAAACAAAGCUGAAUUUCACCACUCAGUGGUGUCUCAAUUCCAAAUGCACUCCACCCCUGUGAGAAUCCAGGUUCUCAAUGUGCGUGAAGGACCCACCUUUCGCCCCAGUUCCAUGACGUUUAGUCUCCGAGAAGGAACCCGGGGAGACUCCUUAAUGAACUAUGUACUUGGCACAUACACAGCCAUAGAUACGGACACAGGGAACACUGCAACAAACGUCAGGUAUAUCAUAGGGCAUGAUGCAGGCAGCUGGUUAAAAGUUGAUUCAAGGACUGGUGAGAUACAGUUUUCUAGAGAAUUUGACGCCAAGUCAAAAUAUAUUACUGAUGGAAUAUAUGCAGCAGAAAUCCUGGCUAUAGAUGAUGGCUCGGGGAGAACAGCUACAGGAACCAUAUGCAUUGAGGUUCCCGACGCCAAUGACUACUGUCCAGUCAUUCACACUGAAAGAAGAAGUGUCUGUGUCGAUGCUUCGUCUGUCAGGAUCUACGUCAGUGAUCAUUCCUUCGGGUCUCCCUUCACCUUUUGUGUGGUCGAUGAGCCAUCAGACACAGCCAGCAUAUGGCAUAUCCGAUCACUCAAUGAAACCUCUGCCAUCCUUAUGACUGAACAGACUCUAUCUCCAGGAACGCACCAAAUCCCCAUUCUUGUGACGGACAGUCACAACAGAGCCUGUGAGCUGCCGCAGAUUGUCCUGCUAGAUGCCUGCUUUUGCGAUGACCACCACGUGUGUUUGCACUCCAGCACCACGGGCAUCUACAAUGGGGACGGCACCUGGGUGACAGAUGACACCUAUGGGACUGUCACUGAUGAUGGGGUUGGACAGUCGAAUGUCAGACUUGGACCCGCGGGGAUUGGCAUGAUUGUUCUGGGCCUCUUGCUGCUUCUUUUGUCUCCUCUUUUACUGCUUAUGUGUUGCUGCAAGCGACGACAGCCAGAAGGCCUGGGGACCAGGUUUGCCCCUGUGCCCGAGGGAGGCGAAGGAGUGAUGCAGCCUUGGAGAAUAGAGGGAGCGCACCCGGAAGACAGGGAUGUGUCCAAUAUAUGCGUACCCAUGACAGCCUCUAAUACCCAAGACCGCAUUGACUCCUCUGAAAUCUACACCAAUACUUACGCUGGUGGAGGAACAGUGGAAGGGGGUGUGUCAGGAGUGGAGCUCAAUACAGGCAUUGGAACAGCCGCAGGCCUGGUGGCUGGAGCAGCAGCAGGGACCCUGAGGAAGAGAAGCUCAACCAUAGGGACACUUCGGGAAUACCAAGACACUGGCAUGAACAUGGCCUUUUUGGACAGCUACUUCUCCGAGAAAGCAUAUGCUUACGCGGAUGAAGACGAAGGCCGGCCAGCCAACGACUGCCUGCUCAUAUACGACCACGAGGGAGUGGGGUCUCCUGUGGGCUCCAUUGGCUGCUGCAGCUGGAUUGUGGAUGACCUGGAUGAAAGCUACAUGGAGACUUUAGAUCCAAAAUUCAGGACUCUAGCUGAAAUCUGCCUGGACACAGAAAUCGAACCGUUCCCUUCACACCAGGCCUGUAUUCCCAUCAGUACUGACCUCCCCUUGCUGGGGCCUAACUACUUCGUCAACGAAUCUUCAGGAAUGACUCUCUCGGAGGCUGAAUUCCAAGCAGAAAUGGAAGCAGCCUCUGAACCCAUGAUUCAUGGAGACAUCAUAGUGACUGAGACGUAUACCACUGCUGACCCCUGUGUGCAGCCAACGACGAUUGUUUUUGAUUCUCAGCUUCCACCCAAUGUAGUCGUGACCGAAACCGUAAUGGCGCCUGUCUAUGAUGUUCAAGGGAACCUUUGUGUACCUGCUGAGCUAGCCAACACACACAAUGUAUACUACGCUGAGAGAGUGGUGGCUAGCCCUGGGAUGCCUGACAUGGGCAACAGUAACAUGACGGAAGCCUGUAUGGGACCAAUGAUGAGCGGAGGAAUUUUGGUAGGGCCAGAAAUUCAAGUGACGCAAAUGGUGAGCCCAGACAUUCACAUAAGCCAAACCAUAGGCUCCAGCUCCCCGGUAACAUCUCAACAUCGAGUAACGAGAUACAGCAACAUACAUUACUCCCAACAGUGA